CCCUUUUAAGGCAUUUCCCUGAGAAGAGAGGGAGAGGCGGGGGGGGCCUGCAGGAUGUUCUCACAGGAUGCUGGAACAAGCAGUCCGAGCCGAGCGGCAUGAGGAGGAAGAAGGGAAAAGCGUCAUCGGAGAGGAGCGUUGGGGAUUGCAGUGGUCGUGCGAUCUCUGUCGAUCUUCCUUUGGGGGUGUUGGAAGGCGGCGUGCGCGCACAAGUGGCUGAAGAUGUGAAAUCGACGUGCUCAAGACACACAGCAAAGAUUCAUCGGGUGCCAGGAGUCAGCAUCAUGGCCUCCUUCCCGCUGCUCUUCCCGCUUCUGGUUGGCUGCGUGGUGGCGGCGAUCCCCCCUCCUCACCAUCGCCCUCCGUGCCACAUCGCGGGUACGAGUGCGAUCUGCAGGGAUUUGAGCCUCACCGGCACCCCCGUUGACCUCCCGACGGGCGUCCAAGCGUUGGACCUCUCACACAACCAGCUGUGGAAUCUCAGCCGCGACACACUGGCUGGCCACACGGGCUUGCAUCAACUGGAUCUGCACUCCAACAUGAUCCACUUCAUUCAGCCAGGACUUUUGGAAGCCAUGUGUGACCUCAGAGUCCUGGACCUAUCUGGGAAUCGUCUCAACUUGUUUGCUCAAGCUAAAAAUCAAAUCGGAACACUAGCGGCCGUGGAAUGUCUGGACCUCUCCAGUAAUGGUUUGUAUACGGGGAUGUCUGACUUCUUUCUAGCCGAUACUCCUUCGCUGAUGGACCUCUCGUUGAGCAGCAACAGCAUCACCAAGAUUGCCCAAAACACUUUCAGCGGCGCCUUGGCCUUGAGGAGGAUUAGCCUCCACAACAAUGUCAUUUUGGAGAUUGAAGACGGUGCCUUUGACUCUCUUGAUGGCCUCAGCGAGCUGGACAUGUCCAAGAACUCUAUCACUUGCAUCACGGACUUUAACCUGAGCUGCCUGAGAGUGUUAAACCUCAGCAGGAACAGCCUGGAGCUCUUCCAGAGCACCAAAUCAGCCGAGCCGUACCACCUCGCCUUUCUGGACCUGAGCCGAAAUAAACUGCCUUAUUUCCCACUGUUGCCCACAAACAACGCAAUCCAACAUCUGGACCUGUCACGCAACCGUUUGCAGAGUGUCCAAGUGACGGACGUGGCCGAGACAAAAAUGUCCGAGACGCUUUUGAAGCACCUGAGAUACUUAGAUUUAAGUUACAACCAGCUCACAGACUUGCAGCAGUCCUUCUUUCGCAGCAUGAUGUCACUGGAGGUCCUGAACGUUAGCAACAACUGCGUCUCCAUGUUUUCCGUCACCGACCAAAACCUCCUUCUUGCAGCCAAGAUUAUCAACCUUAGUUACAACUCCCUACAGAACCUUUCGCUCGGUGAAGGAACUCUGCAGGCUUUGGAGGAGCUCUUCCUGCAAGGUAACGACCUGAGAACCCUUGCACAAGAAACGUUCCAGAAACUUCCAAGUCUGAACCUCCUACAGCUUCACGGGAACAAUCUCCAAGUGUGUCCCUCAGAGACAAAACCAGAUCAAAAUCCUCCAAGUUGUGUCUUGUUCUCUUCUCUUCCAAAGCUGAAGUUCCUUUACCUUUCUCAGAACAAUCUAAAGACUUUGCCUUGUAGAGCAUUUGCUAACACACCUCUCAAACUGCUGGACUUGUCUCUCAACCACGGCAUGGAGAUGCACCAAGACUCCUUGGGCGGUCUGGAGCACUCCCUGGUCCAGCUGCUUUUGAGGGAGAGCAACAUCUCCCAUCUGAACACAGACAUGUCAUCGCUGAGGAGCCUGAAACUGGUCGACCUGUCCACCAAUCACCUGACCAGCCUCCCCGCAUGGAAGCGAGACUUGUCCAUCGAGACGCUCAACCUGCAGAACAACAGUCUGGUCACCCUGGAGCGCACCACCAUGGCAGCGCUGGAACGUUCGCUGAAGACACUCUACGUGGGUGACAAUCCGCUCAGCUGCUGCGGUAACCUGGAUUUAGUACGCCUGCUUCAGCACUCAGCCGUGGUGGUGGCCGACAUCGAGGCCGCGACGUGCGUUCUCCACGAGGGCUCGGAACCGGUCAACAUCGAGAAGGUCACUCAGGAAAUGUGCAGUGGGCAAAAGAAAGCCAACUACAUCGUCAUCAUUGUGGUCACUGUGUUCUUGGUGGUGAUAGUCUUGGGACUGCUGGUGAAAUUCUGCAAGUCCAGGAAGGGGAAAUACAUCCGAAGGUUUAGCGCAUGAAGAAUUACAACAAUAAAAAAAGAAAUGGAUUUCCGAUCUCCAAAUCAGAUUUUCAAAAUUCUUAAUAGGUAAGGAUUUACAGUCAUUAAUAGGUUUAAUAUUUCCCAUGACAAGAAGAUAAUCAUGCACUAGCGGUUUAACUAGUCUGGAAACUAGCUUGAAAAUAAAGCUAACAACACUACAAACGAUCGCAAAAGAAAUAGUGGGUCAAUUAUAAUGUCAUCAUCGAAGACUGGCGACCGAUCCUCUUAUUACGCCACAAGUAGUUUUGCACUUUACGCUUCCUCUUGUUUUUUGUCAUUUGUGAACACUAAUGACAUUUAUUUUUUAAAAAAACAACAUAUAAUUUAUUUUUAUAUUAGCCGAGAUGGAGAUUUUAAAACUAUCGGACUGAGCACUCGCAAUAAUAAUUGUGACACUGUUUUACUAUGAUGGAACACGUUUGUAGCAAAAAACAUCAUUUCAUAAGAUUAUGUACACUGACAACAUGUGUGAUUAAAUAUAAACGUGUGAACACUU